CGAGCUGCUAGUGGCCGUACGGUCCGUUUCUAAUACAAACAACAUUUUACCUAAUUUAAAAUGAAAUACAAUAUCUUAGGUAAUACUGAUAUGAAAGUUUCCCAUGUUAGCAUGGGAGGAGCAUCUUUCAGCAACAUUUACGGAUCAUUCGAUGAGGAAAAAAGUCUACAACUUAUUAAGAAAACUCUAAGUUUAGGAGUAAACUACUUGGAAACAGGGCCGUGGUACGGUCAGGGAAGUUCAGAGAAAGUUAUAGGCAAGGCGCUCAAAGAAAUCCCAAGAGAUACGUAUUUCAUCGGCAGCAAAGUUGGACGCUACGAGAAAGAUAUCCGAAAAAUGUUCGACUUUUCUGAAGAGAAGACAGAAGCGGCCGUGGACAACACUUUAAAACUUCUUCAACUCGAAUACGUGGAUCUGAUUCAAAUGCACGAUAUCACUUUUGCACCGGACAUUUCAAUAAUUCUAAAAGAAACUCUGCCAGCAUUGGACAGAGCUGUGAAAGAUGGCAAAGCCAGAUAUAUCGGAGUAGCUGACUAUGAUUUGGAUUUGAUGAAGGAGAUAAUUGAAGAGUCUGACAUCCACCUAUCUACAAUUCUGUCAUAUUCUAAAUCCACAUUAUUUGACAACAGAUUACAAAAUUAUGCAAAAUACUUUAAGAGUAAAGGCGUGGGCAUAAUAAACGCAGCGGCUACCGGCAUGGGCCUGCUGACCAACCACGGGCCGCAGCCCUGGCACCCAGCAAGUGAUGACAUCAAAGCUCUUUGCCAACGAGCGUCUAAUUACUGCAAGGACCAAGGAGUAGAGCUGGCUCGACUAGCAACAUGGUUCACCUUAAACCAGCCUGACGUUGAUACGAACGUGUGCGGAUUUUUCAACAUAGAACAAAUGGAGGACACCUUGAAUGUCUCAGAAAAAGGGCUCACUGAACAUGAAAAGGCGGUGUUAGCUCAUCUGCAGUUGAGGUUUUUUGACAAUAUUACACUACACUGGGAUGAAGUAGAAUUGAAUGCAUACAAAACAAAAUUAGAGAACAUUACUACAUAAUAAUAACUUUACUUAUUACUCUGGGCAAAUAGAAGUACAAUCAGCGACGGAAACUUCAGAUUGCCAAGACAAAGAACAGAACCUGACACCGAUUGUUUUCUAAAUUAAGCAUUGUUACAAGCGUCCACCCACAAUAUGGAACAGAGCAUUUUAGGAACCGUAUAACCACCUAACCUAGUCCUGUAGCGCUGGCUAUAUUUUGAGCCCUAACUUAAAGUAAUAUUAAAGUCAAUUAUUUUUUCACUUACGAAUAGUGUUUUAAGAUGUUAAUCUUACAUUUUGUUUUGUGUCACAGAUAUUAUUUGCUUUUUAAGUAAUUUAACAAUUUGUGGUAAUUAUUUUUAUUUAGAAUUAUUUUGAAGAAAAGAAUAUUCUAGAGAAAACAUGUAACUGUAUCGCAUUUAGGAUAGUUUUUUUAAUGUGAAAACAUAGUUUGUGUCAAUUACGUCCAUUGCAAUCGGAUACUAUGCCAUACUAUUCAAAAUGACUCAAAAAAUAAUUAAAGUAAAAACAAAUUGCUGACAUCGCAUUUAAUCGUGUCAAAAAGUACAUUACAUGUUUUUGUGUCUUAUUAAGGCAUAGCUUCAUAAGAUUUUUGAUAAUUUUGGUCUAACAGGCUAUUACCAUAACAAAAGAAUAUUAAAGUUACUAGAGUUCACAUCUUAUUAAUUUAAAAGGCGGGAUAAAUAAGAAAUAUGAAUUUGUGUCAGUUUCAUCCAUUGCAUAAACAAAUAAUACAAAAAUAAUGUUUGCGUUCAUACGACGCUAGCGGGUGGCUCGCACGCUGGCACGUUGCGUAUGCAGCGCAUGUUUACUUCGCCUGUGCGCCAAAUGAAUAUUACUUCUUGAACUUAAUUUAUAUUAAUGUUAUUAAUAUUUUUAUUUCUAUAUCUAAUAUCUAAUCAAGUAUAAGAGCCUCGGUAGAGAGUACCAUUUUGUACCAUUUGGAGUUGAAACUCUAGGUACAUGGGGUCCCAGCGUCAUAAGUUGUUCGCAGAAAUCGCGAAGCGUCUGGUUGACGUAACUGGUGACCGAAGAGCUGGCGGCUACCUCGCACAACGUAUCAGCAUUGCGAUACAGCGAGGAAAUGCCACCAGCAUCCUUGGUACAAUGCCUCAAGGGCCUAUUUUAGAUUUAAGCUA